UUAUUUUGCCCUACUUGGCUAGGGAUUGAUCGAGCGAGGAGAGAGCCAUGGCGGAGCGCUUGGAGCACGGCUUGGCGCUGCUACCGCGGGUGAGAUUGUUCCUCGUCUUUCGGCGGCUUGGGAGAUCCGCUGUGAAGCACAUCGAUGAGUGGCUGCUCAAGGAAUGGGUGAGGAGUGUCGUGAGGAAGAGCUUGAAAGUGGAGCUUGGAGAGAAGGAUCUUGUCAAGUGUAGAGUGGAGGAGGAGGCAGUGACUUGGGAGCUCUUUGUGUGGGAUUCUCAAGUGGAGCUUGCUAGGAAGAGCUGUGUUGGAGCUCUUGAUGGUGUCGAGUUUAUCAUCGGUGGAGCCAAGCUGCGUUGUGGUGUCCAGUUCGAUGAGAAGGAUAGCUUUGCGGCAUUGCGAUCUUCGUGGGAGACGGUCUUUGGCAGUGAUGUUUCUGAUCAUAGCUCCAACUUUCCAGAUACUUUGGUUUUAAAGGGACUGCCUUCUCGGUGGUUUGCUGAGCCACGCGUUUCUACUCAAGCAUCUGUGCUAGUAACUCACACAGUCUUCUCCAAGUUUGGGAAACUCAGAAACUUGGAGAUUGUGAACGAGAGUGACACUGGGAAAACUUCAUCGCUACAGUGCAACGUAUGGAUCCAAUAUGAAAAGUAUUCUGGAUUUUACAACGCAGUGGAGGCACUGUGUGGCCGCUCAAUGCAAAAGGACGGUUCAAGUUUCAAAGCCAAUUAUCUGUUGGAGUGGGACAAUAGCUUGUUCUUCAGUCCUAUGAACAUACGAAAGCGGCGUUUUGAUAAAGAACACGCACUGAAGCUUGCGAACGACGCUCGGCUAGCUCAAGCACAGAAGGUGGCGGAGCAACAGAGAAAAGCCGAGGAAGCACGAAAGGCAGAGGAGGCUAGGAGAGCGGAAGAGGCUAGACUUGCUGAGGAGGCUAGGCUCGCAGAAGAAGAGCGGCUGGCGGAGGAGAUGCGAACGGCGGCGGCCGAGGAAGCGGAAAGGUUAGCCAGAGCUGCUGAGCAAGCUCAAAGGGAAGAGGAGGAGCGGCGGCGAAACGAGGAAGAGGAGGAGCGAUUGCAGCAGCUUCGGAUCUUGGAAGAACAGCGGCGAUUAGAAGAGGAGCGACGGAAGCGGGAAGAAGAGGCCGCUUUGAAGCUUGUUGAGGAAAAGAACCGACAGAUUCGGGAGGCAACGAGAAAGCUGCUAGAGGAACAGGAGCAGCGGAAAAAAGAGGAGCUGCGAAAGCAGCAAGACGAGGUAAAGAGGAAUCAGCGAGAGAGGCAGGAGAGGGAAGCUGAGGCCAGGAAAAGUCGCAGAUCCGAGGGAGCAUCCGGGAUUGAGCAUGAAAGAUGGCAGCUCUUUUUGAGCGAGGGAAACGAGCCGUGGCCUUUAGUCGAGCAGCCAGAGUCGAGAAGCACAAGCAACAGCCGCGUGCCAUCGAGAAGGCUGAGAAGUAUCAUAGUUUCAAGUAACUGAUGAAGCUAUAUAACAUCUCUGUAGAUCUUACAUCAUGGGAUUAAUAUAUUCUCCCAGGAAGCUUGAAAUUGUCGAAGUA